GCGUCGUACACCGAUUCAUAAACACCGAUAAUAUCCACGAAAAUGACGUCGCGAAUAACCUUUUUAACUUUCGUGUAACUUUCCUCGACGGCAACGGUAGUUCGGACUCUGGGAAAAUGAACAGCAAACAUUACAUCAUAUUUCCUGUGGUGUGAUUUUUCGGCAAACGCGCUUGAUAAAAUCGAGCGAUUUUGUAUAUGUUUAGUUUGUUCGGCGAGAGAUCGUUAGCAAAUCAUUCGUGAAAUUCGAAAAGGAGUUCGCUUCGGUUCUAAAUAGAAAAUUGAGGAAGAUGCAUUUUAAGCCAGUUACACAUGUUAUUUUUGAUAUGGACGGACUCAUCAUUGAGUCCGAAUCAAUUUACAAAAAAAUUUUACAGCAGAUAGCUAAAGAGUAUGGAAAAAAAUAUACGGAGGAAAUAGAGGGAAAAGUGUUAGGCACCACGGAAAAAGAUACGGCGAAGAUAUUUUUGCACGAUCUCGACAUUCCGUUGUCAGUCGAUGAGUUUUUGGACAUCUACCAUAAGAAGGUGAAAGAGCAACUGCAAAAUCCUUCGUUAAUGCCAGGUGCGGAACGUUUAAUAGUCCAUCUGUCCAAGCACAAUGUUCCUAUUGCAGUGGCCACAUCCUCGUCACAAGAAGCCCUUUUGGUCAAAACUAAAAACCAUCAAAACAUCUUCAAACUGUUCCAUCACAUCGUAUGUGGAUCUACUGAUCCCGAAGUGAAAAAUGGGAAACCUGCACCGGAUAUUUUUUUGGUGUGUGCAUCUAGGUUUCCCGAGAAGGUGGAUCCUGAGAAGUGUCUGGUAUUAGAAGAUGCCCCCAAUGGUAUAAAAGGUGCGAUCUCAGCUGGAAUGCAAGGAGUGUUAGUACCCGCUAAAAACGUAGGAGAGGGACAAAGAAAAUUAGCUACACUUGUGAUAGAAAGUCUAGAAGAGUUCAGACCGGAGUUUUUCGGUUUACCACCGUUUGAAAACUAGAAAAUGUUUUAUAGUUUAAUUAAUGAAUUAAUUUAUUUUAUUUUAAUGUAUGCACAACACCCAGUUGACGGUAUUUUAUUAGGCUUAUUCCUUAUGGCGAUAAAUUAAAGCAUAUUAAGUCUUAUUUAGAUAUUCUGCCUUAAAAGGUUACAAUUUUUAUGGAUCAAACAAUAGUUGUUCAAAACUACAAUUUGUUAACUAGGUUAGUAUUAUAGAUGAUAAGCUGAAAUACCUUAGUUCUUAAAUAACAUAUUUUUUCACCAGUAUAUUUCUAAUUUUAUUCGAUACAAAAGUAAACGUUUAACUUUU